GUCCCAAGGUUUUUUUCAAAAACAAAGAUUGAAGAGUAAAUAGAAAUCUUGCAAUCUAUUGUUUAUUUCUUAUUUUCUCGUGGGUUGUUGAACGUAAAUUCUUAAUCAAUUUCUGAAAGCAUAAUAUUGUAGUCUUUUCCACAUAAAUUGACUGUGUUUUCGUAUCUACUCAAUGUUCAAUUCGAGAUUAAAUGAUGGAAAAAAUCUCAAGUGCUUAAAGUUGUAAUGAUUACAUUUUAGUGUAAAACAUUAAAUAUGCCAUUUGUUAGAGAUCCCUGCGGAAUUGUGUGCUUAAUUUUCACAUACUUAGCCGUUUUUUACGCUGAUUAUGUUGUAACACGAUGGAUAAUUUUGCUAAACUUUCAAAAUUCUCCUUGGGUUAACAACUGUGUAGGUGAAAGGAAUCAAAAAUAUUUUCUUCAAUUCCUUGUUUAUGUUGGAAUAUUAGCUGUUUACUCAAUUAUAUUGAUUGUAAUGUCAUGGAUUGAACCAACGGAUCCAAAUAUUUCCAUGGCAGAUGCACAAGCAAAAAUGUUACAUAGCGUCAUUCUAUUGCUCGAAUCGGGACUUUUCGGUUUAUUUGUAGUUGCAAUUAUGGUUGAUCAACUACAUGCAAUUUUAUAUGACGAAACUGCAAUUGAACAAGUUCAAAUGCGUGGCAGCUAUCGCCCGAAUCGGCCAAAACUUUCACUUAUGGCGGAAGUUUGUGGAACACGCAAUCAUCCACUUUGUUGGAUAUUUCCUUGCACAGGACUCAACAAUCGAAAAUAUGAUGUUCCACUAUUGAAUCACGAUGUUUAGAUAUGCUGCAUUUUUUUUUUCUUUUGUGAUUUUAGUUAAAACAAAUUUUUUCACUUGCCUUCAUGUUGGACAUUGCGCUCAUCACAUUUGCUUUCGUCUAUAAAUUUAUAAGAAGAAGAAGAUGGAAAAAAUAAUAUUUAUCUAGCAUAAGUAAAAGAAAAGAAAAUCUGUAAACCCUCAAAUACAAAAUGAAAAUAUCCCAAUAUUGACAAUCUUCAACAUAAACAUCUCCUCUAUAGACAUACAAACAUAAUAAUAAUGAGAUUCUUCAGCAUUUUUAAAAGGGUGUGCCCAACUUUAUGUACUUGUAAAUCUACAUUUUAAGAAUUUUAUUGUGUAACUUAUUUCAUUUCAUGAAUAGUUAAAAACCAAUUGCUUCUUGCUAAGCAAAAUAUUAACAACAUGAAAAUGUUUAAAUUACUUCAAAUUCUAUUUUUACAGAUGCGUCAUGUCCAGUCUCAUAGCUUUCUUCAUCGGAUGACUCAUCAUCAAUCUCUUGAUCUAAUUCUUUUUUGUAAAGUUCUUGGAAAGUUUCAAAUUCUUCUAAUGUCACGGAACAAACUUUGGUAGCGAAAGUCUUAUCGUCUGUGUCAGCGAUUCGGAAUAGUUUAGGGUUCUUAUCGUUACUUUUAACUUCAUCCUUGUCUUUGACUUUCUUAGCAAUGAAUAGUCCAAGGCGUUCAAGAAAGACAUGGCGAGUUUUUAAAGUAACAAUGUCAAGAGACAUCACUGUUGACUUAUAUACUUGUGAUACUUCAACCUUCAUGACAUUGCUAAUAUAAUCAAUUUUCUCAUCAAUAUCUGGAAGACUUUCAAAAAGUAUCGAUGGUGAGCUCAUCAGCAACUUGUAAAUAUUCUGACCACCUCCAACAAAGGAUUUUAUGGUAUUAAACGUUUUCGUGAAUUCCUUUGACUGUUGAAUAUUUAAUAGUUCGGGAAACUUUUCAAGUAAUUUUAUUGUGUUACGUUCACCGAAUUGGAAAGAUUUCCAAGUAUUAAUUGAUUCGCAAAUAUGAAUUUCCGGUGUUUUGAUCAGUUUGGGGUUUUGUGAAAUCAUGUAAGCAAAGCUAUUUGUGUUAAAACCUUCUCCUUUUAAAAAGUCAUGCGUUCUUUUCCAUUGCUCAGGAGAAUAAUUAUUGAGUUCAGGUGUAGUUUGUAAAAGUUCAUUUAUAUUGUUUAUUUUCAAUUUAGUUAUCAAUGGUUGUAAUCCUUCAACUAAUUUUUCAUUUACACUGACGGACACAAACCGUCGCAAUAAUGUUAAUUUAGAAAAGCUAAAUGCCAUUAUUACAAUUUAAAA